UCUAAAUUGUAACAUAAAACUAUAAAACCAUCACAUAUGUCUCUUCUUCUCCUCCCCCAAAAAGAGAGGUCAAAUUAAGAUGGAUUCUAGUGAGUUUGCGUACACUGUUACAUCUUCCAUGCAAGUAAUUAAUCCGCUUACCGCCGAGCUAACAUGCGCCGAAGUCAUCCGCAGAAGUAUCCGUCUACAAACAGCAACCUCCUCCUCACUCGCUCUUCCCGAUCAAACCAUCGACCAUCGCACAACAAGCCUUACGCCCCUACACGCUGAAAACUACGCCGUCUGGUACUCUAGUUGUCCCAACGGAACCACUUUUAUCUCCAACCCCUUUACUUUCUCCCUAAACUGCAACGGCAUCUCCCAUAUCAUGAGCCGCUUCGACGUAGCCAAUGACUGCUCCACUAUCACGCGAGAGAUCGACGUAGCUCUUGCGUCUGUAUUGUCAAAAGGCAGAGGAGUUACUGAAGUCAAGAUUUGGAAGAUCAGUACUAAAGUUUUUGACAUCGAUACAGACUCAGAGAAACUGUUGACAGAGAGGUAUUGCUCUGUUCCUGCGGAUGAUGAUUUACCACCACCACCGGCGAUCAAGUUGCUCCGAUAUAACUUUAAUGGUUCGACGGGAUGUGUGAUUUGCAUGGAGGAUUACGUUGAAGUAUCAGUCGUCGUGAAGUUGCCUUGUGAACAUGAUUUUCAUGGAGUUUGUAUCAACCAGUGGUCACAGAUCAAUCAACGCUGUCCCUUGUGCCGGCUUCAAUUCUCUUCUUCAUCUUCUUUUUCAUUUUUUCUUUGGAUUUCUGAUUUGUAA